AUGGGGAUGAAUAUUCUUAAGAGCAAUCUAUAUGGUGUUAACGCCCUAAUAGUGAUCAUAUUCGUCUGGCUUUUGGCAUCUCUGAUUGCUGGCCCCGCCCUCUACUUCAGAGACGUUGUGAAGCUCAACAACCACAUCUUGUGCUAUAACAGUUUCCAUGAGAAUGACCCUGAUCUCAGACUGAUGAGGCACCAUGCUCUGACCUGGGUGAAAUUCAUUGUUGGGUACCUCUUCCCUUUGAUAACCGUGAGCAUUUGCUACUCAUGUCUCAUCUUUCAGGUGAAGACGCGAAACAUCGUGAUCUCUAGUAAGCACUUCUGGACAGUCUUGGCUGUGGCCAUUGCCUUUUUGAUCUGCUGGACUCCUUAUCAUCUGUUUAGCAUUUGGGAGCUCAUGAUUCACCACAACAGCUACUUUUUCCAAGUGCUAGAGGCCGGAAUACCCAUCUCCACCACCCUGGCCUUCCUCAACAGUUGCUUAAAUCCCAUCCUGUACGUCCUCAUCAGCAAGAAGUUCCAAGUUCGACUCCGUUCCUCUGUGGCUGAGAUCCUAAAGCACACGCUGUGGGAAGUCAGCUGUUCAGGCACAGUGAGUGAACAGCUCAGGAACUCCGAAACCAAGAACCUGUGUCUCAUGGAAACCGCCCAGUGA